AUGGCGGGCGCGGAAGGGGAGGCGCUGCGGGCCGUGCGGCAGUGCCUGGCCAGGUUCGCGGCCGAGGCGAGGGAGUUGUGUUUGGCAGAAUCCGUGCCAUACAUUGAAGGCCUUCCAUCUCCCCUGGAAUUUUAUCAGGAAUGGGUGUGCCCAAACAAACCAUGUAUAAUUCGGAAUGCAUUCAACCACUGGCCGGCUCUGAAGAAGUGGACAUUAACUUACCUGAGGGAGGUAAUGAGCUCCAAGUUGGUGAGCGUGGCGGUGACUCCGAAUGGUUAUGCCGAUGCAGUUUACCAGGACCGGUUUGUCAUGCCAGAGGAACAGCGCAUGCCUUUCAGUGCUUUCUUGGACAUUGUGGAGAAGAAAGUAACUUUCCCAGGGGUGUUCUAUGUGCAGAAACAGUGUUCAAACCUGACUGAGGAAUUCCCUGAACUCAUAGGUGAUGUGGAGCCUGACAUAUCCUGGAUGAGCGAGGCCCUUGGAAAGAAGCCUGACGCUGUGAAUUUCUGGCUAGGAGAGUCAGCUGCGGUGACAUCUUUGCAUAAAGACCAUUAUGAGAACUUGUACUGUGUGAUAUCGGGAGAGAAACAUUUUCUGCUGCAUCCACCAAGUGACCGCCCCUUCAUCCCAUAUGAGCUGUACCCACCAGCAACCUUCCACAUGUCAGAAGAUGGGUCAUUUAAGGUUGUAGAUGAGAGAUCUGCAGAGAAGGUGCCCUGGAUUCCACUGGACCCUUUAAAUCCAGAUCUAGAACUAUACCCAGACUAUGUUCAGGCAAAGCCUUUGAAGUGUACUGUGAAGGCUGGAGAGAUGUUGUAUCUCCCUUCUCUCUGGUUCCAUCAUGUUCGGCAGUCACAUGGCUGCAUAGCAGUGAAUUAUUGGUAUGAUAUGGAAUAUGACCUGAAGUACUCUUACUAUCAGCUUCUGGAUUCGCUCUCAAAAUGUGAACACCACCAGCAAUGUGGGCAGAUACCCAUCAUGUACCCUACUUUGUCACUGAAAGACACAUCCAGAGGGUUCUUUGACUUUCCUCAAAGAGCCUUUGGACCGGCAUUCGGGAAGUCAGGCUGCGCGGGGCGGUGGGGGAAUCGGUCGCUGCGUUUCGAAAAGAGGCCUCGAGCCCUUGUGCAGAGCGCCGCGAUGGCAGCCAGGAUUGCGGUCCUGCCUUCUCCCGUAUGCCUUUACGACGACCCCGUCCAAGUGACGGUCGAGGGUCUCUCGCCGCUGCAGGCGGUCACCCUCCGGGCAUCCCUGGAGGACGAAACCGGAGAGCUCUUCCAGGCGUCCGCUUACUACCGAGCCGACGGCAACGGAGAGCUGGACCUCACGCGGGCCGCGUCGCUGGGCGGCAGCUACGCCGGGGUGGAGCCCAUGGGGCUGCUGUGGUCCCUGCAAGCCAAGACCCCCCUUCGGCGGCUGGCGAAGAGGAACGUGCUCACCCCUUUUUGCGUCGCUUACGAGGCGCACGAGGGGCACGGGGCGGGCGGGCGGCUCCUGGGCAGCUGCGUCAGCCAGCGGCGGUUCCUGGCCGAAGGGGCGCGCAGGAUCCCCGUGCGGGAAGGCCGCCUCAAGGCCACCCUCUUCCUGCCCCCAGGCCCUGGACCAUUCCCAGGACUCAUCGACUUAUAUGGCAGUGGCGGGGGUCUUGUGGAAUACAGAGCAAGCCUUCUGGCAAAUAGAGGUUUUGCUACACUGGCCCUUGCAUAUUUGGCCUUUGAGGAUUUUCCAGCUUUCCCAGCGUUCUUUGAACUGGAUUAUUUUGGUGAAGCAGUAGAAUUUUUGCAGAAACAACAGCAGGUUAAAGCUUCGGCAAUUGGAGUUCUGGGGCUAUCUAAAGGGGCUGAUAUGGGCCUGGCUCUUGCGGCACUGUGGCCAGGCAUCAAAGCAGCUGUCAGCAUUUCUGGCUCUGGUUUCAAUUCUUUUAUCCCCCUGCGAGCGAAGGGGUUAACAAUCCCUGCCCUCCCCUAUGACCUGGAGAAGACAAAGGCUGUUGGUGAUGCUGUGGAUUUCUCUGAAAUCCUGCCUGAUCCCAGAGACCCAGACGCCUUGGGGUGCCGCAUCCCAGUGGAGAAAUCCUCAUCCAAAUUUCUCUUCCUAUCUGGGCAGGAUGACAGGAAUUGGCAAAGUGAGCGCUACUGCCAGGAAGCUGUUCAGCACCUUCAGCAAAAUGGACGUCAUGUGGAGUUCUACUGCUAUCCUGGGGCAGGGCAUCUCCUGGAACCACCCUAUCUGCCUCUGUGCCGGGAGUCUAUUCACAAGCUAUUUGGGCUAGCUAUGCUCUGGGGAGGAAAAUGGAAGGAACAUGCGAAAGCGCAGGAGGAUGCCUGGCAAAGGAUACAGAACUUUUUCAGUUUACCUUUGCACUCGACAUCCCUCGCUUGUGUGAAGGCAGCUGUGCAAAAAGGCCAUCUCAGCCAGUGUGAAUGGGAAGAUGACUACUUUUCCCUUCAAAAACUGCCAUGUACUUAUGCCCUGAGGGAGCAGAACGGGGUUUGUGUCCCGGUUGAAACCUUUCCCUGCUACUCAUUUUUGGUGAAGGUCAUCCAAGCUCAAAACAUACCCUCAAAAGACUUAUGGAGUGCUUCUGACUGUUACGUGAGCCUUUGGCUACCAUCUUCUUCAAAUAUAAAAGCCGUGACUAAAGCCAUCCCAAAUAACAACAACCCUGUUUGGAACGAAAGCUUCAAUUUCUUGGUCCAACCUGAGGUCAAAAACGUGCUGGAGCUGAAGCUCUAUGAUCAAGAUGUGGUCACUAAAGAUGACCUCCUUUUCACAGUGGUCUAUGAUAUUGCAAAAAUAAGACUAGGGGACACCGUUUAUGAAAACUUCAUUUUGAACUCUGAGGGUCAAGCAAGUCUAGAAGUAGAAUUCCAAAUGGGAAGCAUAUCUGGAGAUGUUGAGAGACUUGUUACUAAUAACAUCUUAGUGGCCCGUGAGGUUUCCUGUCUGGAAGUUCAGAUGGACAAAAGGAGGAAUGAGGAGUGUUUGAAAAAACAUAAAAAUAUAGUGCUUUCGGUGAAUGAAUCAUUUGAACAAGCACAGAAGAUCACCCAGGACCCAGAAAUCUUCCGCUUCCACUGUGUAAAGAACUGGGAACCAAUGUUGAAAGUCAACAGAAAGAGUGAACAUUUGAAAUUGCAGCUCAAGGUUAACAAUUGCCUUGGAGCUUUAGAUGUGCGUUUGGGAUGUGAUGUCUGUGGGGCUGAGCGGGAUUUCCUUCACAAGCGGAAGAAUGUGGUUGCCACUGCUCUUCAAAAAGUUCUUCAGCUGGACCGGAAAUUGCAAGGACAUGAGGUACCAGUUGUAGCAGUCAUGGCAACUGGGGGUGGAGUCCGGGCCAUGUCAGCAUUCUAUGGCCACCUCCUUGCUCUUCAGAGGCUGAACCUCUUGGACUGUGUUACAUAUAUCACUGGAGCCUCUGGCUCAACAUGGACCAUGAGAAAUUUGUAUGAAGAUGCUAGCUGGUCUCAGAAGGACCUAGUGGGCCCAAUCCAUAAAGCAAGGAAAUGUAUUACCAGAAGCAAGUCAAGUGCAUUCUCCAUGGAUGCUCUGAAGCACUAUGACAUGAAACUGCAGCAGAGGGUUCAAGAGGGACACUCGGUUUCUUUUAAUGAUCUGUGGUCACUUAUUAUUGACCGCAUGUUCCAUGAUGAGCUGAAUGACAGCAAACUAUCAAAUCAGCAACAGGCUGUGAGUGAGGGACAAAAUCCAUUGCCCAUCUACGUGGCCCUGAAUGUCAAGGAGAACUCCCAAAGCAGUUUUGAAUUUAAAGAGUGGUGUGAAUUCUCCCCCUAUGAGGUGGGAUUUCCUAAAUAUGGGGGCUUCAUUUCCUCAGAGGAUUUUGGAAGUGAGUUCUUCAUGGGACGACUGAUGAAGAAAAUACCAGAAUCUAAGAUGUGCUUUUUGGAAGGAGUGUGGAGUAAUAUAUUUUCCUUGAAUCUGGUGGAUGUCUGGAAUGCUGUUCAAACCUCAUACCCACUCUGGCAGUCACCCAGCCCAGGGAAAGAAAAAGGUGACAAUAAAGACAACAGUCUAUCAGAAAAUCAGUCCUCUGUACUUAAGACUGCUUGCUUCUCUCCACCAAAUGAUUUCUCCAACAUCCUCAAUAGAGUUCUGACCCAUCGCCCAAUAGGAGAAUCAACACCUAACUUCCUGAGAGGUCUCCAAUUGCACAAAGACUAUUACCAACAUAAAACAUUUUCUGCAUGGCAAGAGACUAAACUGGACCAGUUCCCUAACCAUCUCACACCAGUGGAAAAAGAGCUUUGUCUAGUUGAUGCUGGAUAUUUCAUUAAUACCAGUUGCCCUCCACUAUUAAGAAAGGAAAGGAAUGUGGAUAUCAUCUUAUCAUUUGACUACAACCUAGCGGAGACCAGGUUUCAUUCCAUAGAAAAUACAUGCAAAUGCUGUGUGGAGAAGGGGAUUCCUUUUCCCCAAAUCGUGCUGAAUGAAGAAGACAGGAAGAAUCCAAAGGAGUGUUAUGUUUUCAUGGACAAAGAGAAUCCAGAAGUUCCAACUGUGCUUCAUUUCCCAUUGGUGGACAACUCUUUCCAGGAGUACAAGAGACCUGGAAUCAAGCGUAGCUCUAAAGAAAUGGAAAAAGGAGAGGUGGAUCUUACUAGCUUUAAGUCACCAUACAGAAUGACAAAUUUGACAUACACAGAAGAUGAUUUUGACCAACUGCUAAACCUGUCUGACUAUAACAUCCAGAAUAACAGUGAGCUGAUUUUGCAAGCUUUGCAGACAGCAAUAAAAAGAAGAAAAGUCAGCAAGAAAGAAAGCCAACUGCAGUCAACCUCAAGCUAUUGA